AUGGCCGAUUCAACCCAACCCACCACCGCCGUCGCCGCCGCGAAUCCCUACAACCCCUACCAAGACCUCGACGCUCCCAUCAAGAAGCUCUACUACCUCCCAACCUCACCGGAGCACCUCUAUCCCGAAAAAGCUCCAAAACCCUACCGUCCCUUUGGAGAGAACCUCGUGAGCUGCACCGGCAUUUGCUACCUCUCCGGCCGGACCGCCGGAAUCGUCCACGGCGGUGUUAGGGGACUCAAUGCCGCCGGCGCCGGCGAGCCUCGGAGGGUCAGAAUGAGCAGGGCUUUGAGCUCCGGUGGCGAGUUGGGUCGGAGGUACUCGAACGCUAUGGGGAUUGUUGGGUUGUAUUUCUCUGUGAUUGAGGGUUGGAUUAACUGUUACAGGGGUAAAGAUGGGAUCUUGAACACUGGUGUUGCUGGAUUUGGGGCUGGGGUGGUGUAA